AUGGCGUCUUCUUCUUCUUCUUCUUUUGAAACCCUAAGUUCAUAUACAGAGCCAUCAGAGAAGAAGAAGAAUAUGACAUACAGAGGAGUCAGACGCCGGCCAUGGGGCAAGUUCGCGGCGGAGAUAAGGGACUCAACAAGAAACGGCGUUAGAGUUUGGCUCGGGACCUUCGAGAGCGCUGAGGAAGCUGCCAUGGCGUAUGACCAAGCGGCUUUCUCAAUGAGAGGCCCAAGGGCAAUGCUCAACUUUCCGGUGGAGAAGGUGGUGGAGUCAUUGAAGAGUUUGGGAUGCGGCGAAGAAGAGGAUGAUUAUGGUAAUUGUUCUCCGGCUAUGGCUUUGAAGAGGAAGCACUCUAUGAGAAGGAGGAGGAGGAGAAGUGAGAGGUUGGUUUUGGAGGACUUGGGUUCUCAGUAUUUGGAGGAGCUUCUUUCUGCUUCUUUAAUGGAUUCUUGCUAG